AUGAAUGAAAACUAUAUAACUACAGUUGUUAACAAGGUUUGUACAGAUGGUGUAGGAGAUGGGGCUCUGGCCAUUUUGUUAGCCUUUGCUCGAGCAAUACGCCGCAUCUUUUUCGCCUUCUCAAUUCCAUCAUCAUCGUCAUCUAAAUCUGAUGGUCGUUUCAAAGCUUGUGGUGGCUUCAAGAAAAGGAUUAGACAGACUAGUGAUAUAAACAUUGUUUGGUAA